GCUUGACACUGCACAUAACAGCCGUGGCACACAUUGACAGCAGCAAAUGCCUUGUAGCUCAAGGCCACCGCGAUGAAUCGAACACUCAUCCUCUUAAGGCACAGUACCGGCCCCACUCAACUUUGGCAGUGAACACCAAGUGGGUCUAUCCAACGGUCCCGCUUCUUUAUGAAUGCGAGCUUCCUCAACUUCAGCAUCAUCCAGACUGUAUAUUCUCGAAGGAUGGAACCAACGAUGACUUUGGCUCCUAUUAACGGCGCCCCUAAUCCACAGAGACAAGGUUUUUACUCUCGCAAACCACUAUAAGAAUCCAGACCCCUGCCAUCCAAUAUGAGGCAAACCACAACAACCCUAUACUCUAAAUCAUCUACUUCCUCCAACAAUGGCAAAUACCAAGCAACAAAAAUCCUACCACGCCUGGCCAACCGACCCGCCAAUCUACACUCAAACCAACAACGAGCAAGUCCAAAAUAUCACCCAGAACAGGGGGUGGAAUUAUUCCCUCUGCGACUGUUUCUCCCCCGGCUCAUUGUGCCUAACAAGCUGGUGUCUCCCAUGCUUAACCUUCGGAAAGACGCAAGCGCGAAUCCACGACCCUACACUCCAGAACUUCAGCCACAUCAACACUGAGUGCGCCAUCUUCACCUGCCUCGGCCUCGGUGUCUCCCAAUGGAUCAUCCAAACGAUCCGGCGAGGCGAGAUGCGCGAGCGCUUCGGCAUUGAGGGCUCGUGCUGCGGCGUGCUGCACGACCUUCUGCAGCGGGUGCUGCGCCCUCAUUCAGGAGGAGAAGGAGAUGGAGCUGCGGACGAGGCCCGAGUUCACGGGGUACCAGGCCGCGCCGCAGAUGGCGUAUUCUGCCUAGGUUUGGGGUGGGAGGUCAUAUGGCUGAUUGGCCUUGAGGUGUGCGUGAGAGUUGCUCCAUCUGCAUCCAGCUGAUGUGUGUGUUGGGGAGAGGGGGUGGGUAAGGGAUGUGUAUGUGUAUAUGACAGCUGGAAGAUGCUGUCAUCAGUGGCACGACGCCAGGGGGUUUCUUUUGUUCUUGUAUACCCUGUUACCUGUGAUACUUGUAAUGCCGAGCCGUAAUUAGGUAUCACUCGGUCUGCUUUGAAGUAGUAUUCAGAAAGCCAUGAGGGAGAACAGAGUUAGAAGUCUGUGCUGCACAAAUCAAGACUGAAGAAGGUAAUCUCGAGGAUAUGCAGCGGAAACAAGACAACGGACCGGCCUGAAGCCUCAGGCAUAUAUCCGAAGGGUCUGGGCGUGCCGGAUGUGGCGCCGCUUUAAUGAUUUUCUGCCACCGUCUAAACUGAACAGUUCUCCGGUUCGGUUUUUCGGGACUGUGACUGGU